AUGUGCAACCAUGAAUACAUUAUCGGGCACGAGGUCCUCGAGAUCCAACGCGGCGCUAGCAAAGACGAGAUUCGGCAGGCAUACCGGAAGGCUGCUCUGUCUAGUCACCCCGAUAAGGUCGCCGAAGAGGAGCGCCCGGCCGCCGAAAUCAAAUUCAAGUCCGUUCAGGAGGCCUACGAGAUCCUCUACGAUGAUCAGAAGCGCGAAAUUUACGACCGCCAUGGUAUGGGCGCAUUCAACGGCUCCGGAGACCCCGGCAUGGGUGGAGCCGGUCCCGAUCUAGACGACAUCCUGGCACAGAUGUUUGGCGGUAUGGGUGGUAUGGGUGGUGGUAUGCCCGGCAUGGAUCCUUUCGGGGGUAUGGGAGGCAUGCCUGGGGGUCCUGGUGCAGGCCCGCGCAAAAGCCGCAAUGAAGAGCAGGACUAUGAACUUAGCCUGAUGGAUCUAUACAAGGGCAAGACUGUCAAGUUUGCCAGUGUCAAGAAUGUCAUUUGCAGUUUGUGCAAUGGUAAGGGCGGAAAGGAGAGGGCCAAGGCGAAGAAGUGCUCGACUUGCGACGGUGUCGGAUACCAGGAGGUUAUCAGGAACAUGGGUCAGUUCCUUACCAAGGCGACACAGCCCUGCACUACCUGCAAUGGGAGAGGAUCGUUCUUCAGUGACAAGGACAAGUGCAAAAAGUGCAAGGGCAAGCGGACAGUGGAGGCGAAGAAGAUGCUCGAGCUCUAUAUUCCCCCCGGCUCGAAAGAGGGCGACAAGAUUGUCUUGGAAGGCGAGGCUGACCAGGUUCCUGACCAGGAGCCCGGUGACAUUGUUUUUCGCUUGGUUCAAGAGGAGCACCCUGUCUUCGAGCGUGCUGGCGCAGACUUGCGGGCAGAGAUCGAUGUCACACUGGCUGAGGCAUUGACCGGUUUCUCGCGCGUUGUGCUCAAGCACCUGGAUGAGCGCGGUAUCGAGAUCACGCACCCAGCCGGCAAGGUUCUCGAGUCCGGACAAGUUCUGAAGGUCGCCGGAGAAGGCAUGCCGAUCAAGCGCAGCGACGCGCGUGGCGAUCUCUAUCUGAUUGUCAACGUGAAAUUCCCCGAUGAGAAGUGGAAGCCCAGCCCCGCCGUCCUCGAGAAGCUCAAAGAGAUUCUCCCCAAGCCCAACGCACCUAUCGAAGCAUCCACCGUGGAUGAAGUCCAGUACGACCCGAAGGGCAAUAUGGAAGAGUUCGGAGCCAAGGAUGCUCAGGGCGCUUCGGCCUGGGAGGAUGACGAGGAGGAGGAGCCAGCGCAGUGCGCGGCUCAGUAA